AAUCUAGAAACACACUGAUUACGAAGUAUGACAGAAUGUGUUUUAGUGUGUUGUACAUCACAAGACUGAUUUCAUUAUCAUAUUUUGAAAUAUGGUUAUUCUGAAGUGAAGUUUGAAGUAACAGAAAAAAACAAAAUGGAAGCGGUGCCUAGAUUGCCUAUGCUUAGCUUUGACUUGAAAGUGAGCCCGGAAUGUGCAUCAUUUGGACCUCAACUGAAACAGUAUGUUCGAGAUGUUUAUCAUGAAGACCCAGAAAUGUACUCCAAUGAAAUUCACAGCCUUGAGGGUUUACGCGUAGCGGCUGUAUCUGCAGUUCGUGACGUUACAGGGUGCUCGGCUUUGAAGCGUUACUAUUGUCAACUUCAUUUUCUGCACAGCAGGUUUCCAAUGGCCAAGGGUGAAGCUGCUGCAGUUUCUUUUACCUGGCGUGACAUUUACUCAAAUACGGUAUGCACUCUGGCAGACAUACGUUUUGAAAUGGUGUCUAUCCUGUACAAUAUUGGAGCGCUACAUUCACAGCUGGGUGCUUCGGACAGCAGGGUGACUGCAGAAGGCAUGAAACUGUCUUGUACACAUUUCCAGUGUGCUGCUUGGGCAUUUCAGCAUCUGAAGGACACUUUUCUGCAGCCUGCAGGAGUUGAUUUGGCUCCUGAUGUCACUCAAUUCAUGUAUCACCUUUGCUUGGCCCAGGCACAGGAGUGUAUCGUAGAGAAGAGCAUGACAGACAACAGAAAGGCAACCAUCAUUGCCAAAGUUGCUGUUCAGAUUGUAGAUUACUAUAAUCUGGCACUCAACACAUUAGAGCAGAGCGGCUGUGAUGAUUCUUCAGUCUCUGAUACAGUAGGCUCCAAGAUUUAUAAGAAAUGGAAGAGGUAUGUAAAGUUCAAAAUAGCGUAUCAUUCAUGUGUGUCACUCCUGUACCAAGGACAGCAGGCAGAGGAGCAACAGAAAAUGGGGGAGAGGGUGGCAUUUUAUCAAGCAGCGUCAGAGAAACUGGAAGAGGCAACAAAGCUCUCGAAAGGAAUGGACAACAUUGAGGCUAUAAAUGAAUCACUUACAUUCACAAUGGAUGUUGUAGAAGGAAAGAAAAAAGCAGCAAAGAAUGAAAAUGAGUUCAUCUACCACGAAGUUGUGCCGGAUAGAGACUUACUUCCGAGCAUAAAAGGAGCAUCUUUAGUUAAAGGGAUUCCAUUCAAUGAGAAUGAUCCUGAAGUGUCAGGUCCAGACAUUUUUGCUCGUCUAGUUCCCAUGAAAUCACAUGAAGCUUCUUCCCUCUAUAGUGAAGAGAAAGCGAAGCUGAUGCGGAGAAUCGGUGGUAUGAUAGAUGAGAAGGACCAGGAACUGAUAACGUUCAUGACCUCCCUUCAGCUUGAUCAACUGAAUAUUCACUCAUCGUCGAACAGGUUGCCACAGGAAUUGGUGGACAGAUGUGCAGCUCUUAGUGCCAAACCAAAUACCAUUCAAAGUCUGGUAGAAUCAAUGAACAAACUGGCGGACACAUAUCAUGAUGUUGAGGGUAUGCUGCAAGACAUUAAGGAAUUAAUCCAGCGCGAAGAAGUGAGAGAGAAAGAGUACCAAGAAGUGAUGGGAAAGCGUCCGCCUUCGAUCGUAGCGACAGACCUCACAAGAGAAGGAAAUAAAUAUCAGGAAGCACAUGCCAAGGCAUCUGAGUCCAAUCAGACUCUUCACAAAGCAAUGACACUUCAUAUUAGCAACCUCAAAGUUUUGUCUCUACCGCUCGAUGAGCUUCAGAAACAGAUUCCUAGUCUUAGUGAUCUGGACUCUUCAAGUGAUGAUGAUUCCUCAGUUAGGGAGAUGAGACAUUUGGUUGCUAAAGUGGAAGAGAUGAGGCAGCAGCGAGCAAUGUUGUCCACGCAGUUGAGGGAGUCUAUCUUCCAGGAUGACAUUACUCGUCAACUUGUGACGCGAACUGGAGAGUCGCUUGACGCAAUAUUCAGCCAAGAGUUGCAGAAACACCAGAGAUGUGUUUCAUUAAUUGAGCAGAAUUUAGCUGCGCAAGAUAAUAUAUUGAAAGCAUUGACUGAGGCGUAUGCACAUUAUGCAGACAAACGCAAGGCAGUUACUGAAAUCCUCCGCAAACGAGAGGCAACAUUAUCUGCCCUUAUAUCUUCUUAUGAUGCCUAUGAAGAUCUUCUAGCCAAAUCAAGUAAAGGCAUAGAGUUCUACCGUAAGUUGGAAACAAAUGUAAACAAGUUGCUUCAGCGGGUGAAAGGUACAUGCAAAGUACAGGAUGAAGAAAGAGAACAAAUACUUGCGAAGAACAAUAAAACAGUUCCCAGUACCCAGACAGUCUCAGAAACAGCUAGUGAAUCUCUUGCGCCGUCUUCAGGGGGUCCAAAGCUGAAAUACUAUCUUCAGAAUAUGAAACGGGGAGGCGCCACUGGUGUGGGUGGGUAUGUGUCAGGGUUACCAAGCGUCACGGCUGGCCAGACGUCGAGUUCGUAUUAUAAUGCGUACAGUCAGGUCCCUGCACCGGUAUCCUCACCACAACCAUCAAAGUACCAUGAUUAUUCGGGACCAAGCUCACAACUUGCAACUGAGAGUGCAAGCAACCAGCAGUGGGUGCCAGCAAUACGCCCUGCCCCCGUUGGUUCAGAAGGCACCAGCGAACAUUCUUCUUCCGUAAAACUGGAGCCAAAUGAAAGUAAAGCUCCAUUGCCGCAGCAUGCGUACUCCUAUCCAGCCCCAGUUAUUUCUAUAGAUCAGUCUGCAGUGCUAAAGGCACCGGCAGGUUACUCGUCAACAGCGUAUCCUGACUACAGCUCCACACAGUAUAACUAUGCUAAUCCUCCUGCUACAUGUCCAGCGAUUCAGUCUGUUCCUCACGUACAUCAGCAGCAAGAACAACUUGCAUUUACACAAGGACAUGUGAAUACUCAAGGUUACAAUUAUGGCAGCACAUCACAUGUUCAACAGUAUGGUCCCACUGGUCAAGGUCCAGUGUCUAAUUACGCAGCUGGAAACAUCGUAGUUGCAGGUUCUCCUGGUUCUUACCCCAUGGAUACUAAACCAUACCCAACUCAGCAGACAAAUCUGUACGCUACAGAAGUGUCUCAUCAGUAUCAAGCUGUGCAACCAACAUACCAGCAGGUAGGAGGUGUUGUGUAUCCAUCUGGUACUAACACAGGGUGUGUAAAUGUUGAUCAGAAGCUACAGGACCCUGGGGUGUAUUAUGCGACUCCGUCAUCACAUCAAGGAUACGGUGUUGGAACACUGACAUCUGUGCAUCAAGGCUAUCCCACUGCAUCAACAUACCAAACACCUGUAACCUUGGCAGCCUGCAGUACUCCAUCGCAAACUUACAGUGGGAUUCCGCAACCAGUACUGCCAUCUGCAUCCAGCACCCAGUCUGGCUAUGCAUAUGAUAUAACAAGUGGCACUUUACAGUAUGAAAAUAUUUCUCAGAAUGUACAGACUGGUUUUCAUGGACAGGCUAAUGCACAGACCCAUCAGAUAAUGUGGCACCAUCAACCACAAGAAUCUACAUAUGGCACUGCAGUUACUGACGCUUCUGCUGCUUUAAAUUCAGCACCGUAUUAUGGUUCAGAAUUUGAUCCAAGCACGUCUGCUAUUUCUCUGCCUGGUGGAUCAUCUUCUGAAGUAUCUCUAAGCAACCAGCAAUAUUACGGCAGCAUACAACAGAAGUAUCAACAGUUCCAGCAUCCUUAUUCAUAUCCUGGAGCAUCCAAUGGUUAUAGUUUGCAACAGACCGCAGAAAUUCAACCAAACAUCAAUGCUGAUGCUUCAUCCUCUGAAUUCCAGUAUAUGGCGGCAACAGGGGCUUCUUGUUAUACCAAUGCUGGCAGUUACAUUACGUCACAGACUUGCUCAUCGCAGACCUCGGUAGAUGGACAUACAUUUGCUACCCAAUACAGUGAAAACCAAGGAAUUUCAGACUGUGAGACCCCAGUGUAUUCGCAAGCCUCAUAUUACUCAUUGCCAUAUGGAUAUCAAUAUGAUGCAGAAGCUGCAGCUGACGAACCAGAGAGUCCUAUCCAUGUACAGCAGAGCAGUUACGCCAGCAGCACAGUCAUGAAUCAGACGCCACAAAGUCCAAUGACGUACAUGCAAGCUCGUGGGCAAAAUAACAGCACAACUACCACAUAUAGUCAACAAGGAGGAAGUUCUGUGUCUUCAAGUUCUGUUCAAGCCGUCAAAUGCGAUGAAAGUGAAAAUAUGUCAUUGUCAAAUGUAGACUUGUUAGCAGGGCUUGAUUUUUCCCUAAAUCAAGCGCCGUUAGUGCCUCAGCAACCCGUUCCAGAAAAAGAUGAGGUUCACACUAAAUCGGUGAACUCGAACACCGAACUGGUAACUUCUCCUCCCAGCAGUAAGAACGUUCCUACCGCAGCAGCUGUAACAAAAACAGAUUUGUCUUCAGAAGUGUCAACUUUGGUACGUGAUAGAACAGUGCCAACAUUACCAAAGACUGAUGGCCCGCAAGUUGAGGAAUACAAUAAUCAGCAGAUACUGGUGUCAAAACUGACACUGCCUAAAACUGACACAAGCCAAGAAGAAGUAAAAUUAACACCAAAAGCGUUUGGUAAAGAUCCAUAUACGGACCCUGAUGCACUGAAUCAGUUUGUUCAAGAAGUGGGGAAGUACGAAAAGUUUGUCGAUGGACUGACAACAAAAACAUUAAACGGACCAACACCACUUGACAUGAAAUGGAAGGAGUUGCUUGAAUUGCAGGAAAUAGAUGCUCAUAAACGUAGCAUUUCCGUAGCACGAUGUUAUCCAAUGAAGAACCGAUUUUCUGAUAUUUUGCCAUAUGAUCAUUCAAGAAUUGAACUUCCUUCAACAAAGGAUGAUUACAUCAAUGCUUCAUACAUCAAGAAUUUGACACCCCUGACGCCUCCAUUUAUCGUUACGCAGGCGCCAUUGCCGUCAACUUACACCGACUUUUGGACAAUGGUGUGGGAGCAACAAGUUGAAGUGAUAGUCUGUCUUCUAAAUGAUUUGGAGUUGGAGGGUCAGAUAUACUGGCCAUUAGAGAAAGGUCAAGAAUUGGCUAUGGGAAAAAUGAAACUCACUUUGCAGAGUUCAAAUACUCGUUCUCAUUGGAUUGAGAGGAUUGUGUCUGUGUGUGCAAAUGAGUCGAGGACAACAAGAGUCAUUGUUCACCUACAAUUCACUGCAUGGCCUGGCAGUUCAUUCCCAGCAUCUCCAGGACCAUUCCUGAGUUUUGUGUCAGAGACAUUAAACUUUUACUCCCAGCAGCGAAAUGCUUGCCAUCCCGUGGUUGUUCACUGCUUGUCAGGAGUGGGACGUACUGGCCUGUUUUGCCUUGUGACAGCUGCUGUUUGUGAUAUUCAAGCGGGACGUGGCCUGUUGGACUUGGUGAUGACUACCGCUUGCAUGAGCACUCAUAGAAAGGGCUCUCUGAGGGACAGAGAACACCUUAAAUUUGCGUAUCAGGCCGUACUGUAUUAUGCCCAGGAUUUGCUUAUGAAACGGGGUAUCCUGACAAGCCGUUCCACGUUUGAUGACAAACGGAGCCGAGGGGGGAAGUCUCAUACACGACACCCUUCAGAAGAUUUCCUGCUGGGUCCACCUACCGAUCUUAGUCACCUUCAGUCAGGAAUCGAGAAAAUGGGGUUAGUUGCAGCAAACAGCAACAGCAACAGCAGUGAUUUGAAGCAUGGAGGAGCAGUGCAAUAUGAGGCCACUGGAAAUAGGCAGAGUAGCAGCAGCAGCAGUAGCGGCAGAAGCACUUCCAGCAGUAUAGUUGGGUCACGUAGUUCUUCCCCAAGUUCCUGUCCAUCUGAUUUGACUGAUAAUUCAUUGCUGGUUGACAUAUCAGAUGCACUUAGUGAGAAGGACAAAGUGAAGUUCACGGUACAUACUAAGACCACUCUACCAGAAUUUCAAAAAUCAGAGUUCCUUGUAGUUCGUCAGCAUGAAGAGUUUGUGUGGCUUCAUGACAGAUUUGAAGAAAUUGAAGAAUAUGCUGGGUAUAUUAUUCCUCCAGCUCCACCACGCCCAGACUUUGAUGCAUCCCGUGAGAAACUACAGAAAUUGGGAGAAGGGGAAGGAACAAUGACCAAGGAAGAGUUCAAUAAAAUGAAGCAAGAGUUAGAGGCAGAAUAUUUGGCAACAUUCAAGAAAACAGUCGCAAUGCACGAAGUGUUCCUCUGUCGAUUAGCAAACCAUCCUGUGUUCCGUAAUGACCAUAAUUUUCGGGUCUUCUUAGAGUAUGACCAAGAUCUGUGUGUAAGAGGAAAGAACAAGAUGGAAGUUCUCGGAGGAUUUAUGAAAUCUUUUACCAAGACCACAGAUGAAUUCCUGCUUUCAGCAACUGUCAAGGAUGUCAAUGACUUUUUUGAACAAGAGAAGAAUUUUCUCAUCGAUUACCAUUUGCAUCUAAAGGAUGCAACAGCUAAGGGAGACAAGAUGACCAAGCGUCACAAAGAUGUUGCAGAUUCGUACAUUAAAAUAUCGACCGGUCUCGUUCAACUCUCAUCAAUAGAUAACAGUGACCUUGAGAAGUUCUUGGCAAAGGUAGCAGAAACGUUUGAAAAAGCUUGUAAAAUUGAGGGGCGUGUAGCUUCAGAUGAGGACUUGAAGCUGUCUGAUACGCUCAGGUAUUAUAUGAGAGACUCCUUUGCUGCCAAGAGGCUGCUUUAUCGAAGAUUGCGCUGCCUGGCAAAUUAUGAAAAUGCCAAUAGGAAUCUGGAAAGAGCGAGAACAAAGAAUAAAGAUGUUCAUGCGGCUCUGGAAGUGGCUGAUGCCGAACUUGCACAGCAGCAAGCAUGUGAAAAGUUUGAACAGAUGUCAGACAAAGGGAAAGAAGAAUUGAUGGACUUCAAGACAAGACGAGUGGCAGCUUUCCGGAAGAACUUGGUUGACCUUGCUGAGCUAGAGAUAAAACAUUCAAAGGCUCAAGUACAACUGUUAAAGAACUGCUUGGCAGCGUUGAAAGAAGAGUGACGGAGGGUAGGUCUGCUCUCUGUCCCACUAGCUGACAUCUCUUCAUUUGUCCAGUAGCUAGCCGCCAGUGCACUGAGGCUUGCGCAACUUUCUGGUGGGACAUCUGUGGUGGGAGGUUAAAAUGUGCAGGAAUACUUGAGAAUCAUUGAAGGGAAUGCGUGGAUACAUAACCUCAAAAUAAUUUUUCAUGCAAGUGAAUGCCACUGAAAAUUGGUUUUGUUUAACUUGAAGCCUUUCUUGUAUAAAAACUGUUAGCUGAGUAAUUGAGAUUGUUUAAUCUCGAGAUAAAUUUGUUUUAAAGAUUUAAUUCUGAAUUUACUGCAAAAUUGCUGUAGUAGUGAAUGAAUUUAAGAAAGGCUAAAGAAUGGUUAAAGACAUUUCUAUUCCGAGCAUUCUCUUCAGAAAAAUAAAGAACACAGUACUUGAGAAAGUAUAUAUGUGUGCGCGCGCGUGUGUGUGUGUAUUCUGCAGCAGAUGCGAUGGUAUUCUAUAGUUUCUGUGUAUUUGUUGUGUUGCUCAGCGUUGCGUUCCUGAAUUUAAGUAUGUUCUAAAUCAUAAUAUUUCUUUUGGAAAAAAACAGUUUAUUUUGAUUUUAUUUUUUUUGUUUUCCUUUUUUUAUGAAUAUGAACUUCAUUACUGAAGCAUCAAAUUAUCUUCACUACAUAAAAGUCAUAUAGAGCUUAUAUACUUAUGUUUCCCGUUACCUAUUCAUUCCGUAUAAUGCUAUGUAUUUGUGGAACGGCCCGUCGUAGAGUGACGGUCGAUUCACGUAUGUAUAAUUGAAGAAAUAAGCUGAAAGAUUAAAAUUCUUAUCACCGCAUUCUUUAUGUAAUUACACCAUAUGUAAUUAAUUACUGUUAUAUAUGAUAUUCCAUGACCACAAUGUAUGCAAUAACUGGAAUUCUAAUGAUCGUUUCGGAAAGCGCAGAAGUUUUAUGCACCGAGAUUCAUAUAUUUAUGACUUACGUUAUUUGUCCCAUUCAAGUUUAAAAUUGUAUAGUGUAUAAGUUUUGUGACAUCAUGUUCCUGCGUGUCAAUAAUUCCUAAUAGUAUUUUUAUUGCACGCGUACUUGCGUUAGGCGUUACAUUUCUCUUCUUUAAUAAUGUAGCUUUAUCAACACAAAUAUUAUGCACGUUGUCUGGGUAUUAAGGAAUAAUAUAUUUGUACAGGAGAGUAUUAUUGUUUAACUGAUCUUUUUUUUAAAAACAAGAGCAACUGUUGAUUUAGAAUAUGGUAUUUUCCUAUGCCAGUGCUUGCAUCUGGCGUCGUAAUGAGUGCGGACAUGUAGUAUGUUACUGUGUGUCUGAUAAAUUUUUUCUAUGUGUUCUAUGCGUUUUUAUAAGCAUAUUACUGUCCAUUUGGAACACAAAGCUAGUGAAUGAGAGCUAAGAGAAAUGUUUGGUGUACUAUUUUUGACAAUGAGUAGAGGGUAGGACUUGUAAUUAUUUUGAAAAUAUUGAAAUGAGUGUUUCAGUCAUUUGUUAAAUUGUACAUAUGAAGUGGUUUGUUGAUUAAGUAUCGUGUUACAUCUUUUGAACUUUAGAACCAGUAGAAAGCCCUUUUUUACUCCAAUGUAGUUAGCUUUUGAAUGAGGUAGCAGUGUUCUUAUAUCAGGUGUCAGGAACUUUGGUAGUUCAGGGUACACGUACUCUCAUUGGAAAUCAAAUUCCAUAUGGGCUUAAUGACAAAUAAUAACUUAGAGAAAAUGUUUGUUUUCGCAAUUCUUUGAGCCCUGUUUAAUGAAUUGUACUUGAAACGGGUGAGCAAUGAAUAUUGUGGGGAGUUUUUAUCAUUCUCAAUCAGCAUCUUUAAUCUUAUUUCAAUUCCAAAUUAUAUAUUGAAAUAAAAAUACCAAUGUGAAACUAAUAA